UGUGGUCAGAAAGUCCUCAAUCUUCAGUCUCUGUAUUGGGGCAAUAAAAAACUUUUGGAGCGUACAACAUAGCCCGCGGUGAAACUUCAGGGUUCAUAUCGGGAUAAGGCAAAACUCGAGGGUGCAAAAUAAAACUUUUCCAAACAUGUAAGGGAGUGGAACUGGCUUGGCCAAGUGGAUGGCCGGUGGAGCUGUCGUUCGUUACUUCCUUCCCUGUUUCUCUUCUGCUCUUCCGGAGGAGGCAGAGGAGCAUUGAGCAGCAACCAUGGCGGUACCCUGCACCUCUUCCAGCUCUCUCCGUCAGCCCUGCAGACUACUACGCCCGGCCAAACUUCCCCCGGUAUCGCUGUUAAUGGGCCACCGCUUUCUUGCUGCCGAAAGUGGUCCGACCCGCAUCAUCUCCGGCACUUCAUUGAAGCUUUCGAGGAACCGCUCCUCCAAGGCUGCUCAUGCCGUUGUUUCCGAAGAGAACGCUGUCGGGUCAAGUUCCUCCAGCACCGGCAGCUUCAAACUGACUUACUUGGAGGGAAACAGUUGGAUUUGGGAUGUUGGUGGAUUGAAAAUCCUGGUGGAUCCAAUCUUGGUUGGAAAUUUGGAUUUUGGGAUCUCCUGGCUCUAUGAUGCUGCCAAGAAGUUCCUCAAGAACUUCCAGCUUAGUGAUCUCCCUGAAAUCGACUGCUUGUUAAUCACGCAAAGCCUCGACGAUCACUGCCAUUUGAAGACAUUGAAGCCACUAUCCGAGAAGUCUCCAGGUCUUAUGGUCAUUUCAACUCCCAAUGCCAAGCCUUUAUUGGACCCCCUUUUCAAGAAUGUCACAUAUUUAGAACCGGGUGAGAGCCAUGAAGUUGACUUGAAGAGUGGCUCUAAGGUUGCCGUUCGAGCUACUGCUGGGCCAGUCUUGGGUCCUCCUUGGCAGCGUCCCGAGAAUGGGUAUCUUGUUUCUCUACAAGGAGGGCAAAUGACACUCUACUACGAACCACACUGUGUGUACGACCAGAAAUCCCUCGAGGAUAAUCGGGCAGAUAUUGUCAUCACACCAGUCAUCAAGCAGCUUCUUCCCAGUUUUACCUUAGUCUCGGGGCAAGAAGAUGCUGUUCGACUGGCUAAGCUUCUUAAUGCCAAGUUUAUUGUCCCUAUGAAAAACGGAGACCUGGACAGUAAAGGAUUCCUCGCUAGUAUCAUACAGGCCGAAGGAACCAUAGAAUCAUUCAAGGGUCUCUUAUCGAGGGAACUUCCCGAUGCCCAAGUACUCGAACCCACCCCUGGAGUUCCUCUAGAAAUACAACUCUAAGCUCUUCAGUUGUUCAUAGUACAUGUUAGUGUGAGUACAUAUACAUAUAUAUACACAGUUUGCAGUGACAUAGUCUCAUUCUGUAUGUUUUAUGUUUUUUCUUUCUUUUUGCUCUUUUCAAUUUAUCACCUUAUCAAUGAUGUAUUCGAAUAAAUUCUACCAAUGGUAGUCUAUUCUACUGACAUCGGAUGAGAAUUAAGGUAUCUGAACUUCUCGGAGCACCAUA